AUGCCAUCCCCCAUCCAGCAACUAUCAGCAGCUGGAGCAGAAAGUUUUCGGUAUAAUCAAAGUUGGAAGCUUAAUUUCCCUUUCUCCCCCCAGUACUCACUCCAGCCAGGAACAGCGGCGUGUUGUGUGACCAACACCCCAGGCCAGCGCUGGAGCCCGGCCGGACAGCCCCGGGCCGGGUCCCCGCACGGGCGCUGCUCGUCCCCGCGGCCGCGGCGACUCCAGCACCACCCCCCGGCAGCGACAACCCGGACACUUCCACCCAGGAGGGCCAGUGGCUGGGGAAGCGUCUCCCCAGACUGGGGCGAGGCCAAGCGGGGAACCUCCACUGGGGCUCGCACCGCACCCGAUGCCUCUCCCGAUGCGGCUGGGAGUGAAUGCAGCCCCCCCCGGCACUCACCGCCGCGGUGCCGCGGGCGCUGGCAGCGCUCCGGGGACGGCGCUUCCCAGGCAACAGUUGGCCGUGUCCCCGCCGUGUCCCCCGGCGCCACCCCCGCGGUGCGGUGCGAGGGGCACCGCGGGGAGGGUGACUCGGAGCCGGGCAGCGGGCACAAAGGCGGCUGCGAGGGUUCGGGGGGCUCGGGGAGCGCAGGAACCCCGGGGCUGCAGCGCGCCGUCCCCGCCCCGCUGCCGCGGGGUGAUGCGGGGGCGCCGAGCGAAGGAGCGGCAGAGGCGGCUCAGCCCGCCCGCUCCCGCGCAGCCCCCGGGGGGGUGGCGGCCCCCGGCGCCUCUCCGCCCUUACCUGAGCCGCCCGUCGCUGCUGGCCGCUGCAGGGACCCUCGUCCAUCCCCCGCUGCUCCUCCGAGUCAGUCGCCGGCGCUGCGGCGCGGCCCAGCCCGCCCGGCCCAGCGCGACGCUGUGGCAGAGCCGCCCCGCCCCGCGGUGGCUGCGUGCGGCUCCCGCCGGCGGCCGCCCCGGGCGCGGCUCCCCCGGACCCGCCUCCCGCUGCCCAGGGCUGGGGGGGCGAGGCGCCCUCCGUGGGGUGGUGGAUGGGGUUGGGGGAUGGGUCGCUCACCCCCGCACUGA